AUGGGCUCAGAAAGUGUAAUGAGUGACAAUGGAUCAUCAGAAUCAGCGGGCCCUAAACCAGCUACAUCCGACCAUACAAUUUCUUCAAAUGAAAGAUUGAAUCAAAAUGUACCGUCGACCCCCAGUGAGUCGCUGCGGGGAAGUCCUGAAGCGAAUGAACCUAUGAGGCAUAGACAGUCACAAAAGGAGGAAGAUUAUCUGGCUACUAGUGGCGAGUUAAAAUUGGAGCUUCCAGAUACAUUAGAGCAUGAAGAUUUUUCGAAACUCUUGGAGUUUAGCGAGAAACAUGAUGAUGAUCUAUUCACAACACAAGAGAUUCUGCGACAUGCGAUCCAUGAAGCAGGAGCUGAGGAUCAAAGCAUCGAGAAUUUAAGUACAGAAUUGCGUGACACUGGAUUAGAACAUAAUGACGAAGAGAAAUCUGAAAUAAACACUAGCCCGAAAGAUAGUCAGAGUAGCGCUCAAGACUAUGGCCAUGAAAAUGAGAAAGCUGUAAGCGAUAUUAAGAAAGAGACGACCUCACCAAGGCGAACGUCCUUCGAGAUAAACCAGUCUGAGAGCUCUAGAGAACAAAGUAGUCAUACUUUUGACGACAGGAUUAAAGGUACAGCCUCUGUUCCUCUUAAUAGUGGGGAAGAAAGCCCAAAGAAUGAGCAAGAGCCCUCAGCGACUACAAUACUCGAAAAAGGCAAUUUACUUCAAUCCAAAAGACACGAUUCCCUGACACCUGUCAUGUUUCAGCAACACGAAUUAUUAACGGCGCAAGCGGAUCCCCACCGGGACAGUGGCAAUCAAGAUAAUGUGAUGCUUUCGGAUGAGCAGCCCACUAUUUCUGCCUAUGCAAGACUAGACUUUCAGAGCUUCACUUUCUACGUGCAGACUUUGCAUGUGAUAAUAGGAAGGCGGUCAGAGAACGAUUUUUCGCAUAAAGUAGAUGUUAACUUGGGGCCAUCUAAAUCAAUCUCUAGACGACACGCCCAGAUAUUUUAUAAUUUUGGAACCGGUAGGUUCGAAGUGUCAGUCAUAGGAAAAAAUGGGGCCUUCGUGGAUGACAUUUUUGUCGAAAGGGGAAAUACAGUGCCAUUGAAGAAUAAGACUAAGGUUCAAAUAGGGCAAAUACCGUUUCAAUUUGUUUUACCAGAACAGGAGAAAGCAGAACAAAUCCAUCCAGCGGAGCAGGAAAAGGGAAGUUCCCAAUUACACAAGUCUCCUGACGCCCAAAAAUCAGAAUCGCCGGUUAGGGUGGAACCAGGAUCGUCCAGAUCUCCGGAGACCCAGCCGGUGAAGCAAGUACUUAAAAAACAAGCGCCAAGAAAAGAGAAGAAGCCCACCAAAGUUCCUAAGAAGGUGUAUGCGCUUGAGGAGAUUCCGCAGGAAUAUAGGACAAAGCCAACGCUUUCGUAUUCGGCGCUCCUAACCACAUGCAUACGGAAAUAUUCAAGCCCGAAAGGUAUGACUUUAUCGGAAAUCUACAACGGAAUCAGGGAACUGUUCCCCUAUUAUAAAUAUUGCCCAGAUGGUUGGCAAAGCUCGGUGCGCCACAACCUAUCUUUGAACAAAUCUUUCCGUAAAGUAUCGAAGGAGGGGAAAGGUUGGCUAUGGGGACUAGACGAGGAAUACAUAGCUGAAAGAGAGCGUCAAAAGAAAAAGCAAGCGGAAGCUGCCGCUGCCAAAGCUGCCGCUGCACAGCGAAGGCUUGAACAACAGCAGCAGCAAAGAGCGAAGAAAGGUACUAUACCAGGUACCAUGAGUAGUAUAAAUGGCACCAGUGCACUACCGAAGCCCAAUAAUGGAAAACCACAAAAUAUCUCACAGACAUUGGCUGCAAAUAGGGCGGCCGAUAAGAAUUCAAGUAUGGAUGAUCAUCAAAGGACCAUGAAAUAUCUGCAAGAACAGUUAGUGGUGCUUACAAGAGAUAGGAAAGGUCUGUCCAAGCAGGCAAUCGCCAGUAUUUUGACUCAAGCGCUCGCGAUGACCAUCAAUCAAGUUUCACAAGCUGCUAAGAGUAAAGGGAUUACUGGUAAUCCUUUGACAGCUUUGAUGGACAAGAACCCUCAACAUUUAAACCUAAUUUUGGCGGCGGCAGUCAAUGCUGCCACUUCAAAAGUAACCAAUGGCAAGAUCAAACAAUUGGUUGAUAUGUCUCAGAUCAGCGACAUCACGAAGCAUGUAAAACCAGCCUCUGCAGGUAGGAAAACCACGACUUCAGGCCCAACUUACAAAGCAAGCUCUGGAAAUGGUAGUUUGGGCCCAGGCUCAAAGGGCGGCAGUUCAUUUGACCCGACUUCCCUGUCCAGAUUCUUUCAGCCCAGGCAGCCCAGCCGAGUGGCAACUUCGCCUGCUCUGGAACCUGCAGUCCCUCAAAAGCGUUUCCUAGAAGAUAACGAUGAGGAGGAAGAAUCAAGUGAUUCGGAUGAGUCUUCAAGCAGCGAAGAAGAGAACAGUGACGACGGUGACGACAGCGAUGACACAGAUGACACGGAUGACACAGAUGACACAGCUGAGAACGAGGACCCGGAUGACGAACCGAGAGACAAUGGUACGAACGGAGAUGACAAGCAUGAUUCACAGCAUCGGGGCGAUGUAACUGAUGAUAAUUCUGAAUGA